AUACUUAAACAUUAACAUAUCAAUUUUUCAGUGACGUAAACGAUUCAACUUUUUAUGAAUUUGUGAAAGUAGAGUAGUAUUUUAGUAUAUAGAAAUAUUGUGAAUAUUUUUACUCCGGACAGUGUUUAUUUGUGUGCAUUAUGGAUUAAAUAUUAAAAUUAGAAAUAUUCAAUUCAAAGGGCAGAAGGAGCACAAAGACAACAAUAAACAGUCAAGAUGUCCAACAAUAACUUUUGGGGUAAUUUGGAUUCUUCUAAUUUUCAGCAGCAACCCAUAGAAAGUUCUCAACAGAAUGAUGAAUGGAGUUGUAGUACUGAUGAUUGGAAUUAUAUUGAACAGCCUUCAAACAAUAAAAAUUCUAAUACUCAGAAAUUUAAAUCUAAUUCUACACUUAAUUCAGAUUUGACAUUGAAUAGUUAUUCUGUUUUUGACUCCAAUAAUGGAGCAGCUCAACCAAUAGUGAAUUCAAAUAGGCCUUCUUAUAAUUAUAACAAUGGAAUUGAAAACGAUCAACAGAAAUUUCCUGCCAUUAGUAAUAAUUGGUUUGAUAAAACUGAAAGUCCACUUGAUCAAAUUAAACCUAAUGUCCAUCAUUUUAAUCAAAAUGUUGAUAGUAUUGUUGGAACCGAUGACAAUUUUUGGGCAGAUGUUGAAAAUAGAGAAAUACUUCCACCAGAAUCAUUUCAGAACGAUUCACUACAAGUUGAAAUGAAUAAUUUACAAAUUAGUGAUGAGGUGAACAAUUUUAAUGCAUGUGAUAACAAUUUAACAUUUAAUGAUACUGAAAUUAUAAAAAGAAAUUCUACAGAAAAUAAUGAUGAUCGACUACCAGUUGGAUUGCAUCGAUUGGUUACUGGACAAACAAAAUCAUUUGAAGAUUAUUCAAACCCUGAACCAUAUGAUCCUCAACCAUUUGAUGUUCGAACAGUACCUGGCCAGUUAAGUGAUGAUGAUAUUCCUGUUCAAAGACAUGUUACAGGUUCCCAAAUUGGAGCUAGACCAAUUGAUAACAACUCUAAUUUUCAAAAUAUUGAUAAUAAUUCAGUAACUUUAAAAAGGCUUUCAUCAGAGCAGUUUCAAAAUCAAUUUGAAGGUCAUUCUCGACAAGUUUUACACAGAGAUGUUGAAGAUUUUGUUAACCAGCCCAAUGACAAUUUAAAGUUAGAUGAUUCAAUUAGAGUCAUUUCUGAUAUUGAUAGUUAUUCAUCAAGUAGAAAUGAAUCACAAUUGGAAUUAAAAGAGCCAAUGACUGUUAUUAAAAAAAGUCGUCCAAGAAUUUUAGAUCAUGAAGUUUUUGAACGCACUGGACCAGAUGGUUACAUGAAUGAAACAAGUCCUUAUUUGAGGUCAACUACUCAAAACCAAAAUAAAGCAGUAAUGGAUUCCCAACAAGAUAAUAGUCUAAAAUUAAUUUCUGCUCAAUCAGAAAGUACUGAACAAUUUCAAGAGUAUGACAGAACAGAAAAACGAGUUGAAAAAAAACAUCCUCCCCCAGGAUUUCAUAGAAUGGUUGAAGGUAAUAUUGGAGAAGAAGGUCAAAAAUCAAGAUUGUCAAAAAUAAACCAUAAAAAUGAUGAACGACUUCGUCGACAUUCAAUCGAUUCAGAUUCAUCAGUUCCACUGACUAAUCUAGUAUCAGAAGAAGGUAUUAGGAGUAUCCGCAGAGGAUCUCAAACGAAAAAAUAUAACAAAAAUGUAGAGCGUUACCAAAAUCGUGAAAGAAGACAUUAUCGUCAUCCUAGAGAAAGCGAAGGAGAUUAUUUUCAUGAAGUAGAAGAAGAAGAAAAUGCUUCACUGAGUCCUGAAGUUGAACCUGAAUUUCGAUCACAUCGAUCUCGAAAUCAUCAACCUAAGCGAUUUAGACAAAGAAAUCAUCAUGAUAGCUACGACCACUCAGACAUAGAAUAUCCAAGUGAAUAUGAUGAAUUUGAUGAAUAUGAAAGACGGAGACAAUAUAGAAGUCCUGAAUUAGAUCGAUAUAGAAGACAUCCUAAAAAUUAUCGUGAUAAACGAUACCAAGAUGAAAUAAUUAGUCAGAAUUACAGAAGAGAUGAGGUUAUCUAUCGUAAUAGACCUUCAAGUAGAACUGAUUCAGAUUAUCAUAGAAGGUAUUAUUCACCUGUACCUUUUCAAGAUUAUUCAGCUCAUAUUGAAAUGCUUGAUCCAUUAGAGAGGAGAAAUUUCCUUUUAAAAUUUAGAGAAAAUAAUCCUAAAGCAUAUACUGAGUGGUACACAAAUUAUAAAGCUAAAGUUGAAAUGCAGAAACUAAUAUCAAGGACUAAAAAUGGAUCUGAAUGUAGUACACCAUUAUCAACACAAUCACAUGAUGUAGGAUCUUUAAAUCAUAUUGUUAGACAAGAAAAAGAAAAGGAAAUUCAUCGGACUACUCCUCUUAGAUAUCAAAAGUAUCAUAUAAAUGCAAAAAUGAAUAUGUGUUUUGGGAAAUUAUAUGUGUUAAACUCUUCAAGUGCUGCAGUUAAUAUUUUUAAAGCAGUGCCUGAUUUGAAUGAUACUGAUACUGCUGAACUUUUUAGAUUCCCAACACCUUUUGUAUUAGGUAAAACUCACAAAAAUGCUGUAGCUCAAUAUUUAAACAAACUUUCAGAAGAGGCAAAUAACCAUUCAGAGUGUCUUUUGUAUGAAUUAAUUUGUAUGAUAACUAAGCGUAAUGGAAUUGUUGAUGGAACUGAUAUAUCUGAACUUUUAAUGGAAAAUGUAUUGAAAUUUCCAAUUGACAGUAUAUUAAUUGAUAAUAUAAACUUAAAAAAUACCAAGGGAAUGUCAGUUGAACCAUUAAAUAAUUUCAGAGAAUUACUUAUACAAGGAAAUAAAUCUGAGGCUUUAGAAUUUGCAAUAGCAAAUCAAGAUUGGGGCUUGGCAUUUAUAUUGGCUUUAUAUAUGGAUUCAAAAACAUUAAAUUAUGUUAGAUCAAAGUAUUUUCAAACAAUAUCGCCAAAUGAUACUUUACAAACGUUUUUUCAACUUAGUAGUGGUAAAAUACCAUCAUGUACAACUUGCUGUACCGAUAACAGUUGGGGUGAUUGGAGAGAACAUUUAGCCAUGAUUUUAAGUAAUCAACAUGUCAAUAUAAAUAAUGCUCGAAUUGCCACCAUACAACUUGGAGACACUUUAAAUGCUAAAGGUGAUGUGUUUGGAGCCCACUUUUGUUAUUUAGCUAUUCAAAUACCAUUAGAAUCACUUGGGUUAUCUUCUAAGUAUACUCUUUUAGGUACAUCUUUUAAUCAGCCGUUUAAUACUAUGGCUUCAAAUCGUGCCAUACUACUUACCAGUGCUUAUGAGUUUUCUAUGCGAUUAAAUCUCAGUAAUUUUCAAAUUCCUAGUCUUUUGCCUUAUAAAUACUUGCUAGCAAUUCGCCUAGCUGAGUAUGGAGAAUGUGAACAUGCUUUACAUCAUUUAGAAGCUAUUGCAGCACAGGUGGUCUCAUCACCUGAAUCUGUAAAUUUAGGAUUUAUUGCCAAUGUAGUAGAAUUAAGUACAGAUUUGCAUUUUAUGCAAUUAUCAAAUAAUAGUUUACCUGGAAAUUUGGAAACAUUGGAUUGGUUAGAAAAUUUAAAACAUAUAUUAAUGAGUUCUGGAAAUAAGUAUAACUCUGUAGAUGAAGUAGCACCAUCAGUACAACAACAAAUAGAUAACUAUCAAUCACAUAAAAUUGAAUCUUCAACAGUACCCGAUGAACAACAAACUGUUCCAGGUGCAAGCAUAGAUUAUUCUACUAAAUAUCAAGUACCACCACCUCAAACACCUUUACAAGUUGUUCAACCGCCAUCUAUUUCAUCAGUAAACCCAUAUUGGCAACCAAAUGUUGUUUCCCAAUCAAGUGAAAUUCAACCACAACCACCUCAAAAUGAAUAUUCACAAUACUAUGAUCCCACAUCUAUGGUUAUGUCAGAAGAAAUUACCACUCAUAAAAAUCAGAAUGAAAUGACUUCUGAUAUUUCAACAAUUGCUGCAGAUCUCACAUUAACAGAAUCAGAAAAGACCAUAUCAACGGAACCUAAAUUUGGAUUUUUUGAUCGUCAAAUGGCUGAAUUAGAACCAAAGAUUCCUGCUACUAAUGAAAAUAAAUCACCUGCAAAAAAAGAUGUUGACACUAAACGUGUGCAAAAAGAAAAGAAUUCAUGGCUUGGAGGAUUAGCAAAAUUAUGGAAGCCUUCUAAUAAUGUUGAUUCUAUCAAUGAAAAUUUUGGAACUGAAGAAAUAGCUCCGCAAGCACCUCCUAUGGAUUCAGAAUUACAAUUUAAUCCAGUGGCUAAUAGUUCCCCCGCCAAUCAAAAUCAUAAUCAAUUUAAAAUUCAACGUAAACGAGGAAAAGAUAUGUAUGUUAAUGUUAUGAGUAGCAGCAAACCAACUGAAAAUAUAUUAACACCAGAUUCAAUAUUUCAGACAAAUCAUUCAUCAACAAAUUUUUAUAAUCCAUCACAAUAAUAAAUAUUUAUUUAUGUUUAAAAUUGAAUAAAAACAAUAUUGAUUU